GUCGAUUGGUAGUACUCGCCGGGACAGCACUUGCCUCACGUUGAUCCAGUCCGUGUGAGACUAGUAGGUCCCCGAAGUAGUAGUAAGGCCUUCCUCCCUAUUUGUUCAACCUUCAUCGUUGACUUUUGCGAGAGUAGUCCUUCGGGAGAUUUUCCCAAGUGUGUAGACACGCCGGGAGGACCGCGGGUUUUUUGGUCCGGUGUCGUGCCGUUCUUCCAGAAGCCCUUGGAGGAAUCGAAGUUUCUUGAAGCUCACGUAAGGCGCGUGUGUUGCGUAGUGUGGUCGCGAAACAGUGUCAAAAAUAGGCCAAGUUGCUGCGAGAAGAAAAAUUCACCUGUCAGAGUAUUGUUCGUCGACAUUUUCGUGCACAUGGAGGAGGCGGUUGACGAGCGCUCAGCAAGAUGUACCAUUUCGGUCGGGUGCGCUAAAUCGUCCGUUCUGCUUGGCGGUGUAUUUCUGCGACAUUGUUGUAACGAAACAAGUGGAAUGCUGCAGUACAUCAGGAACUGUCCCGCUUCCUGGUCAGCGAGUGGUGAAACAUUUUAGUCCCUUUUUCAACAAACAGCUGCUGCUGCUAAACUCUGGACGCUAAGGAAAAUGUAUACGGGUGGUGCAUAUGUGGCGGAAACGGUCGUGCUUUAUCUGUGAUCUUUGAUAAUUAAAAAGCUGGUUAAACCAUAUUUGCCGUACCUAACAAGUGUGUGAUAUUAGUGUGUGUGUUUACUUCCGUCCUUGUCCACGCGACAACUGUUACCGCAGUAAAACAAGCAAUCCCGGCUCAAGUGCGUAGAACGUGACCUGAACUGAGUAAUUAAAACUAGGCUUUGAAACAUUGAUUGGUUGAUCCUUUUUUUUCUCUGAGUGAUUCAAAAUGACCAGAAAAAAUACCAUCAAAUUUUCGUACGAUAGUGACGAUGCCAUGGAAAGUUGCGGUUAUCUGAAGUUCACCGACGACAGCAUGAAGUCCAACUUUUUGCAGAGUCUUAGCACGAUGCGCAAAAACCGUCUAUUUUGCGACGUGGUUCUGCUGGUGGAAAAUACGGAAAUCCAUGCGCACCGCAAUGUGCUGGCUUGCGUUUCACCCCAGCUGAUGGAGCUGUUCAGUACGGACGCGGGUACACUGAACGGUGGACCGACCGCUGCCAGUGACGCCAAGCUGCCGUGCUACCGGCUGAACGGGCAGAUCACGAAGCACGGUCUGAUGUAUCUGGUCGAGUAUGCCUACACCGGAUCAUUGGAAGUGCCCGAUGAGAUGAUCCGCGAUGUCUAUCUCGCUGCCUGGCAGCUGAAGAUCGAUAGUGUGGUGAAGGAGUGCGCCCGUCAUCUCGUGAGCGAGCUGGAACCGGACAUUUGCAUCGAGACACGUUCGCUGCCCGGCAUCGAACGGAACCGACGCUUCGUGCAGGAGGUGGAUGCAUACAUUGCGAAAAACUUUCAUCUCGUAUCGGAGACGGCUGGCUUUCUGCAGCUGCCCUGCGUGCUGAUCGAGGUGCUGUAUCAGACACGCCAGGAAAUGUCACUGGUGGCCGAAUGUUCGCUCGGUCGGCUAGUUAUCGAUUGGAUUCGGCGGCAAAUGACGGACGAGGAUGUAUCGGUAUCCGCACUGCUGGAACGCUCUCACAUGCUGUAUUUGGCGCUGGAUAAUUCGCUGCAAGAUUGUGCCGAUUUGCCCCCGGGGCAGGAAUCGGAGAGCGAUUUGGUGCAAGACUACAAGCGACUAGUGCUGAAGUGUCCAAGCAACAAGAAACACCGCAAGGCGCUGAAGACCCCGGGCCGGCCACGAAUGAUUCUGUACAGCCGGGAUAUCGGUGAUCGUAGCGAUGCUACGGAUGCUGCCGCCACGGAAAUGGAUUGGAGUUUGGUUGGUUGCAGCAAGCUUUCCGACCACUCGUACGUCGCGUUAGUUACGCUGAACGGAAACCUGGCCCGUCUAUCGAUCCAGCUGCGGUUAAACAUCCCGACAACUCCGUCACCGAUCAAUACGCCCGAUGUGAUGAGCACCAGCGUAAGCCGGGAUGAAGAUUUGGACGAAUGCCAGCAGCCGGAACUGUUCUGCGAGGUAGCUACCAUGUCCGGGCCAAAGUGUGGUCUCGGUGUGGCUGAACUCGAGGGAAAGCUGUUCGUUUGCGGUGGUUACGAUCGGGCCGAGUGUCUGCGCUCGGUAGAAUCCUACUGCCCGGAAACAAACAGCUGGACCCAGCAGUCGAAUAUGGGCGAAGCACGCGGACGCGUCCAGAUUGCGGUUAUCGACGGUACGGUGUACGCGGUCGGUGGCUGCAACGGAACGACGGAGCUCGAUUCGGUCGAGUAUCUCGCGAAGACGGAACGGAAGUGGAAGAAAAUGUGCAAACUACCUCUCGCGCGGAGUAACGCCGGUGUGUGUGCGCUGAAUGGCAAAAUCUACUGCAUCGGUGGUUGGAAUGGGCAGAGCGGCAUCAAGCAGUGCGAUGUGCUGAAACCGGACGAAAAUCGCUGGUUCUCGAUUGCCCCGCUGAACACGGGACGGUAUCAGGCUGGCGUUACGGCGUACGGUGGCAAACUGUGGGUGGUUGGUGGAAGCGAUGCAUGGAACUGUCUCGGUUCGGUGGAGGUGUACGAUGUGGAAGCAAACCAAUGGACUCUUGGGCCUUCGCUUUUAACGGCCAGACGUGGUUGUGGAUUGGCCGAGUACAACGGCAAACUGUACGCCGUGGGAGGAAGCGAUGGUACGCACUCGCUCAACACGACCGAAUGCUACGACGAGGAAAGCAAAUGCUGGAUCGCCGGACCAAAUCUAACUUCACCCCGUUCCAAUGUAUCGGUCGCGGUGGUGCAGAAUCGGUUGUACGCGAUCGGCGGCUUCUCUGGUAAGACGUUUCUCAGCACGGUCGAGUAUCUGGACGCGGCCACCAACGAGUGGACCACUUUCGUACCCCAAACGAGCGCCAACAUUGAUUCCCUGCUGGAAAAUUCACUGCGAGCGGCUCUACAGAACGUGCGAUCGUCAUCGUCCACCUCCUCCUCGCCGGAUCAUCUAACCGGCAACGGCGGUGCACACGAAACCACCUUCAAGCCCAUACAAACGGCGCUCAACAACGAGUACAACCGGCAGCAGCAUUCGCCAAAAGCGAUCGGCGGUAGCGGUGGCGUCGGGCAGCAAGAUAUUCUUUUCGCUUCGGUGCAAAACAGCGCCAAAACGGCUCUCCUCGAAGACGAUGAGCAGGACGACCAUGACAACGGGGACCUGAACGGCAAGGGCAGCGUCGCGACCAAGACAGGGCAGGAGAACAGUAUUAGCCUGCUGCAGCAACUGGCAGCCAACAAGUGUACGGAGAUAGCAACCGCCGGCAAUCAUUCCAGCUAACCGACGCUGGCCGAAGCUACCGGUUUGCUGUUGGACACAGGGGAAGCCGACCUUACCGCAGCCGACGCUAGCAACGGUGAUGAGGUGGAUUGAGCUCGCGGCGCCUCAUAGUUUACACAAUUCAAUUCCAGCCUAAUUUUUGCAAAACUUUAAUCGUCUUUCUUACUGGCUAUAUUAUCUAAACAUGAAGCAAAUAGAAUGUCUAUUUCGAAAUCUAUUGAGGUGGGAAACUGUCACAGAAUGUGUGCGGAAUGUUUUGCAAACAGUACUAUUCAAAUCAGUCCCGGUAAAAAGAGCUGAGCUGCUGGGCGAUAGGCGACGUGAGCGGUGAGAAUGAUUGCAAAACUAUAUAUGUAAAAUGUUUCUAGCCUAGCCUAAGUGAUAAGUGAUUGUGGCCGUUUUUUCUUCGAUGGCACUCUUUCCAACAAAUGCAUAAUCCAUUCUGUUCUGGACGUGAAUGGAUUAGCAUAUUAAUUAGCUAAGUAAGAAGUGAGAACAAAAAAGGAAACAGAUGUACGAUGAAGAAGCAAUUUGUAGGUUGAAAGUAUGAACAUUCUCAUCACUAUUUCAUGUGCUGUAAAUGUAUUGUUACAGCGAUGGAUGAGUAAUACGGUCCUACUGACUAAAUGAGGUUAAUGUAAAAAUUGUUUGCGUUUGCCUACCUUGCCUUCACAGCCCAUUUGCCCGUGUAAAUGGUUUUAGCAAUUCUUUCACCACUUUACGACCCCCUUAAAGCAUACUGUAAGCUGCCGCGGUUAGUUUGUCAAUGCACGACUGAGUUUUUUCGACUAAUAUUUCAACAGCUCUUGCAGCAACUUUAGUGUAGUGAACCCGGUCAAACCCACGAAGAAAGCACUUUUACAAUCUAGAUGACCGUUCUGCACUGUCCUACUUGCGCAUUCCCCGGUGUGUUGUGAUGAAUAUUCAUCGAACUGCAUUAAUCUUGGAUGCGCUCAGACGGAUACUCUCAACUAUUUGUACUAAAACUAUUACACAACAUUUAGGAGGCGGCACUGUUUCGGGUGAACGAAGAAGGUCCAUUUUAUAUGUAUCAGAAUAAGAUAUUAAAUUUAUUGUGACAAAAAAAACCCAAACCAUCAUCCAUUACACAUGAGCCAUGCAGAUGCAGGCAGGCAGGAAAGAGCUGUUGGAUGGAGAAUUUAGGCGCUCGUUUACGAAAAAAGGGAUAACGGAAUGGUAAACCCUUCAACAUGGUUUGUUGGUAGGUCAAGGUGUUAAGUUUCGCUCAUCUUUAAACAUUAAACCACAAAAUCUUGAACACAUGAAAGCUGACGAAGCAGAAGAACAUAUGCGUAGGUUGUUAAGCUCUAUUCUGCACGGAAUGAAUAUUCGUACUUUUACGUCGGUAUUGGCCGAAAAA